AUGGCGGCCUUACAGGCCUGCAUCAGAAGCACUAGAGGCUUCAUCUCCAAAAGCCUGAACCCUAGACAGUUCACCUCCAUGCUUCUCUCUGUAACUAUCUCUAAAACACGCACACUCUUUGCAAAGCCCAACAAUUUCUUGACUUCAUCAACGCUCUCUAUGAACAAGGCCAAUUGGAUCAGGCUAUAUCACUUCUGCAAGAAACAGAUCAUCACGCCAAUAAGAAGAGGCUUCCAGCUUCCUCUCGCCUUCUUCAAGCUUGUUCUGAGCCUUGUUGAAGGCAAGCAAAUUCAUGCUCUGGUCUUCAAGACUGGUUUCGAGGGCAACGUCUUUGUGGCAAAUGCAGUUAUGGACAUGUAUGUAAACAUUGUAAAGUCAGGGGAGCUUGAAAGUUCUUGGAGAGUGUUUGUGGGCAUUAUAGGGAUAGCAUUUCAUGGAAUGGUUUAUCAGUGGGUGCAAGUCCAUGUAAUAAAACUUGGUUUUGAUUCAAAUAUAUACAAUGCAAGUGUUCUAGUUUGCAUGUAUGCUAAAUAUGGCGACAGGAAAGAAGCAUCAAGGCUCUUUAUUGCAAAGCCCAUUCGAAAUUUGGUGACAUGGAAUGCCCUUAUAGCUGGGCAUGCACAUAACGGAGAGGGUGAGAAAGUGCUUGAACUAUUCAGAACUAUGGUAGAACAUGAUGGCAUUGCCCCUAACCAUGUCACAUAUGUGAAUGUGGUCCGUGCAGGGAUGGUCGAGGAAGGAUUGGGUAGCCAUAUGAGAGAUGAAAUUGGUGCCAUGUUGAAGGUGUGUUUUUUGAAAGGGCAUAUUAUCAGUUAUCCAGAUCUUCAAGCUGGGGAACUAUGGCUUUUGAGAGACUAUAAAAUAUAG